AUUUUAGGCUUUUAGAAAGCAGGGUCUUGAUGUUGGUGUCAUAAUCUUUAAAACAAUUAAUCUCGUCUCCAUUCUCGACCUUUGAAACCAUCAUAGUUUUGAAACCUACUUUUUCAAUGAUUGUCAUUAAGGUCGUAGUAAAAAUUUAAUAAUUGAAAUUGUGAUUUGUUAUUUCUCCAUGAAAUUCUAUUUCGUUUGAUACCUCAUUCAUCAAAAUAAAUCGCUUCUGAGAGCCGUAAAUGGGAUUUAUAUACCGCAUUAUACGUAGUGUAGAUGCAUACUUAAUCAUAUGAUUGCAAUAACAUUUGACUAUUAAUUGUAUUAAUAUUAAUAUAUUUAAUAUUGACCGAUUGUAUAAAAUAAACGGUGAUGUUGUCCUUUACGCGGAGCUUCUCUACUUCAAGGAGAGCAUUGGUGAAGGUGGCAGUGUUGGGCGCUAGCGGAGGUAUCGGCCAACCGUUGUCUAUGCUACUGAAAUUGAACCCAUUAGUGACAGAACUUUCUCUCUAUGACAUAAAUCAUACCCCAGGAGUGGCGGCUGAUCUUAGUCACAUCGACAGAAAUUCGUUCACGAAGAGUGCAAAAGGCCCUGACCAAUUGAAAGCAGCUCUGACAGGAAUGGAGGUUGUCGUGAUACCAGCGGGUGUUCCCAGGAAGCCAGGUAUGACAAGAGACGAUCUCUUUUCUUCAAAUGCAUCCAUUGUUAGGGAUUUAGUUGACGCUGUUGGAAAUUAUUGCCCGAAAGCUAUAAUCGCUAUAGUUACUAAUCCUGUGAAUUCAUGCGUCCCAGUUGCAGCAGAAAUGCUAAAAAAACGUGGAGUUUAUGAUCCAAAAAAAUUGUUCGGAAUUACUACACUGGAUUUGAUAAGAGCAAGUACAUUCGUGGGAGAACUCAAGGGCAUUGAUCCAAUGUUGAUUCAGGUUCCAGUGAUUUGCGGUCACUCAGGAGAAACCAUCGUUCCUGUUAUGUCCCAAUGCAAACCAAAGAUAAAGUUAACAGACAGUGAAAUCUGUGAUUUGACGAAGCGAAUUCAAAAUGCGGGAACAGAAGUAGUCAAGCUAAAGGCGGGAGCCGGAAGUGCAACCCUUGCUAUGGCAUUUGCUGGUUCUAGAAUGGUAGAUGCUAUCAUGAGAGGAAUCAAGGGUCAGUCGAACGUUAUAGAGUGUAGUUUCGUUGAAUACAAUUACGAGGAGGCACAGUAUUUUUCUACUCCCAUACUUUUGGGACCAAAUGGCAUAGAGAAAAACUUAGGCCUUCCUAAAUUGUCGAAAUUGGAGAGGGAAUUACUGAAAAUAGCUAUUCCUAUUCUGAAAAAGAAUAUCAAGAAAGGAGAAGAUUUCGUUCUUACUUGAUAAAUUGUGGGUUGUAUUGAUAAAAAUGUUUUUAUUUAUCUAUUAAAAAAUAUGGAUAUUGUUGUAAAUCAAUACGUAAUUAAAUAAUGAAUUUAGUUGAA